UCAAGAUCCUUAAUGAUAUUUGCAAGAGCCCUUUUUUCCCAAAUAAGCUUACAUUCACAAGUACAGAGGAAUUCACAGAGUUGGGAUUUGGACCUACCAUUUCAGGGACCACCAUUCAGCCCAUCAUACAACCUAUACCUCAAAGUAAAUUAAGGUGGCUCCCAACCCCAUUUCCCUUGCCAUAUCAAAGGGAGAGGGAUGGGCCUCACAGGACCCUAUGUGCAUGGCCCGCACCCUGGGCCCCACGGCACACUUGGCUCUGGGGGCUCCUUGGCCCUGACCCGGCCCUGUCCAGCUUCAACUUCUGUCUGGUGGGAGCAUGAGUCCAUGUGCCCCUGCUAAAGCAAUCACCUCCUUCUGCCUCUGAGCCAGCCAGACCAAGGCUCACACUCAGAAGAACUAUUUUCCAGAGAAACUGUUUGCAUCUGUUUUAAGCUUGUGUCCUUGGGAACCUCCAUCUCUGCAGAGCUCACUGGCUGGAAAGCGAAUGCUUUUCAUUAAGGUGGCAGGAAGUACCUGAGUCCCAGCCAGUGUGGAAGAGGGAAAGGUCCACUGGCUAGCGGGGGAGGGGGGGGGAGCGGCGCAAAGCAAGCUGCCUUCUCCUGCCGUCGGGGCCGCUCUCCGUGCGUCCUCAGGAUGGGCUGCCCGCGGAGGAAGACCCUGUGUUUCUUCCUUAUUUUCGCGCCUGUAUAUCUGCAUGGGGCUUUGUCACAGGAAGCCAGCCCUGCAGGGCAGAGAAAACCAUUUUUCGAGAGGCUCCGAAGGCUAGAAGAGCAGUUCCGGAGGUUCCAAGAGGUGACCUUAACACACCUGCAAGGCCUUGCCAGUAACUACAACCUGUCCUACAACAUUGACACUCGGUUCCAGAGCCUGGCCCAGGACACCCAAGCGGUGGCUCUGGCGGUGAACCAGUCGCAGGCCACCCUGCAGAGUGACCUGAGCCACCUCAAGACCUGGAUGCAGAAGACACGGCGCAGAAGCCGGAAGGUGGACUCUAGGCUGCUGGCCUUGGGUGCUGCCCUGAGUGAGAGGGACAGGCAGCGUACCCAGGAGGGGAAGGAGCGGGAAGCACAGAGGGAUGCCCUCUCCAGCCUGGCUCUGGACCUGAGGGCCCUGCAGGACGCGCUGGCUCGCCUCACACACCUUGUGCAGGGCCAGGGUGCCAGGCUGGCUGCUCUCGAGGGGCAGCUGCAGGUGGCUGGCCCUGGCACUGUUGCCCCGGGGCUGACCCCAGCACAGCCCCCCACCCUGCCUGGGCACCCAAGCCCCAGCUCCCCAAGGCUGCAGAGGGGAAGGCAGGUGCUCAGAGCUUCACCUGCGACUGGGGACCCACCCCAGGACUUUGCUGGCCAUCCGCAGGGGACACGGGCACCUCCUGGCCCAAGCAGCCAGUGGGCAUGGCCCCCCGAGAGCCCAGGAGAGACCUGUGACGUGGGCCCUGUGCUGGUCUUCCCGAAUGCCUCCACCCAGAACGUCGCCUUCCUCAGCCCCGGCUUCGCCUCAGGCCUGCGAGCCCUGUCUGUGUGCAGCUGGGUGCGCAUGGCCUCAGGCCACUUGGGCACCCUGCUCUCCUAUGCCACCGAGGAGAAUGACAACAAGCUCGUGCUGCACGGCAGGGACUCCCUGGUCCCUGGCUCCGUCCACUUUGUGAUUGGAGACCCAGCCUUCAGGGAGCUGCCCCUGCAGCCGCUGCUGGACGGCCGGUGGCACCACGUGUGUAUCAUCUGGACAUCCACACUGGGCAGGUACUGGGUCCACGUGGACCGCAGGCUAGUGGCCACGGGCUCCCGCUUCAGGGAGGGCUACGAGAUCCCUCCAGGAGGGUCCCUUGUGCUGGGCCAGGAGCAAGACAGCAUGGGGGGCGGCUUUGACAGCUCUGAGGCCUUUGUGGGGAGCAUGGCAGGCCUGGCCAUAUGGGACCGGGCACUGGUCCCUGGGGAGGUCGCAAAACUUGCCACUGGGAGGGAGGUCCCGGGGGGCGCCAUCCUGACACUGGCCGAUGCCCAGUGGGUAGGCGGAUUCGUGCAGCGGGCGAACUGCAGCUGCCUGGAGCUGUGUCCCUGAGGCCUGGGCACGCCCACUGUGUCACGCUCUGGGCCGGACAGGAGCAGCCUCAGCAGCACUCAGCACCCUGACCCCUGCACAGCCCCUAGAGGGCCCCUCUGCAACUGGGGAGGGGACCGGGCAACGCGGGAAGGGAAUGGGCAACAGGUGGAGCGGGGCCGGGCGAGGACGCAGGCAUUGCCGCGUGGAGUCCUACGGGCUGUGCCAUCAUUCAGGCAGGGAGCGCAGGACCCCAUUGGGGCCUCUCAUCUGGGCUGCGUUUGCAGCAGAGAACCCCAUUUUCCUGGAAACCAUGUGGGUGCAUUUGAGCUGCCGUGGCCCUCCCCCGGGUGGCUUGUGAAAGUGUCCCCCUUGCUCUCACAUCCCUCAGGAAAGGGACCGGGAAUCCAUUUCCUGCCCCCAAAGCUACCACGCCCUUGGCUGGGUGCCCUGGGGGUUCCCCUGGGGGUUCCCCUCGUGGCUCAGGAGCAAGCUAUUCAGAAACAAACAUGGCCAGGGGGGCAGUGCCCUUAGCUGCCCCGCGGGAGCACCACUGGAGCAUGCGCCCUAAGGCCCACCCAUGAGACCCCACAGCGCACGUUUUAGCAAAUUUACUGAGUUGUGCAACCAUCAUCACAAUCCAGUUUUAGAGUGUUUCCGUGUCCCGCCCCCCGCCCCCCCUGCCAGUCAUACCUGUUAGGGGCCACUGCUGUGCCCCCAGCUCCGGCGACCCCUGACCGCUCUCUGGGCUGAAUGGCCUGUUCUGGGCCUUGGACGGUUCACCUAAUGGAGUCACGUGCUAUGGUCUCAUGGCGCUUCAUCCCUGGUGGGUAUUUGGGUUGCUUCCAGUCUCUGGCUUUUGUGAAUAAAGCUGCU